AAAAAUGAAAUUUGGAUUUGGGUUGGAACAGUACAGCUGAGAAAACCAACAUUCCGUGGAGGGAAAUGACAAAGGAGGUUUUGGAAUCGGAUGUGUACCGGAAGCUGGAGACCAUUGAGGACGGCUCAAUUGUCUGUUCUAAAACGAAAGGAGAAAUGGAAAAAUUAUUGAAGAGAAUCCUCUCAGAAUCUACAAAUUAUCUCAAUCCAUUUCAUGCAUAUGAUGAGGGAAACCUUUCUUGGCUGGCUGCAGCAGAAGCAGAACCUGCAACUAUGUCAAUGGUGAGACGAGCGAUACCUUAUGCUUCUUCGCUUGAUGAAGCAAAUCAAAUAGUCCGUGGAAAUUGGCUUCAGGCUAUCGAAAGUCAUCAUCAGAAACAUUCAGGAAACUCCUCAAUUAGUGACAUUAUUGACAUUGGAUGCUCUGUUGGAGUGAGCACAAACUUUCUUGCUGACAAAUUUCCAUCUGCCAAAAUUACUGGACUGGAUUUAUCACCUUACUUUCUUGCUGUUGCUCAAUUUAAGGAAAAGAGAAGCAACCAGAGAAAAGAUCCAAUCAGGUGGAUACAUGGAAAUGGUGAAAACACAGGCUUGCCUUCAAAAUCUUUUGACCUUGUCUCAGUUGCUUAUGUGUUUCACGAGUGCCCUGAAAGAGCAAUUAAAAAUAUAGUGAAGGAAGCAUUUCGGCUUCUUCGACCUGGAGGCACUUUUGCUGUGACUGAUAACUCGCCAAAAUCAAAGAUUCUUCAGGAACUAUCACCGGUGUUAUUUACAUUGAUGAAGAGCACUGAACCUUUUCUGGACGAAUACUACCUUACGGAUCUUGAAGGUAGCAUGCGAGAAAUUGGUUUUGUCAACGUGCAGACUGUUAUGACAGAUCCAAGACACAGAACUGUAACUGCCACUGUGCCUUCCUGAUAUGUGUCAUCCUCUUGAUUGUGCUCAUGGAGAUCAUGAAACCAUUAUAGGAGCAAGAAAUUUCUUGAAUUCAUGCCCUAAUAUUUUAUGUACACACUUGCAUACUGCAAGUAUAGAUUGACGAGAAAAUGUUAAUUUUGUAACAAGGCAGAAAUGCUGGUGGAAUAGUUUGAUGCAAUGUCAGUUUCUGAUGAAAGAAAGUUUUCAUAUUAUACAAA